UUUUCCUUCUUCAUUUUUUUUUAAAUUAUUAUUAUUAUUUUUUUUAAUAAUCGUUCUGGGGAGAGCUGUAGCUGACAUUGAAAGCAGCAGUCUUUGUUUUACAGGAGCGGGUGGGGGUGUAAAUGAGUCUGCGUCUGAGAGGGCAGCAUAAGUUUGAUCCUCUGCCGUGGUGAGAUUCGGCGAACUGCGGCACAUGCGGCGGGAGCGGCGCGGCGUCGUCCGCCAGCAGAGAGGGAAAUGUAGCGGGACGUGUGUUGUAUGUGUGUGUGUGUGUGUGUGUGUGUGUGGGCAUCGGAGGAGGAGACGCUGCUGCGUCGGUUAGACUUUCAGAUGAGAGGGGAGCUUUCUGCCGAGAUCGUGACGGAUUUUCGUCGUCGGAAUGGGCGAUGGGAUGUGCUUCAGCGUUGCAAUGAGACGUCUAUGCUUCUGUGUCUUGCUUGUGAGCAUCACCUGCCGUCUGAGCCUCUCCCAGGAUUUAGCUGGAACCCCCAAACAGGCGGAGAUAAAUGACAACAUCACCAUCUUCACCCGCAUCCUGGACGGACUGCUGGACGGUUACGACAACAGACUCCGGCCCGGUCUGGGAGAGAAGGUGACAGAGAUCAAAACCAACAUCUUUGUCACAAGCUUCGGUCCGGUCUCUGACACGGAAAUGGAAUACACCAUUGACGUGUUCUUCCGUCAAAGCUGGAAAGACGAAAGGCUUUGCUUCAAAGGCCCGAUGGAGAUGCUGGCCCUGAAUAACCUGCUGGCCAGCAACAUCUGGACCCCCGACACGUUCUUCCUCAACGGGAAAAAGUCCAUUGCGCACAACAUGACCACGCCCAACAAGCUGCUGCGGCUGAAAGACGACGGGACGCUCCUCUACACCAUGAGGCUCACCAUCUCAGCAGAAUGCCCCAUGCAGCUGGAAGAUUUCCCCAUGGAUGCCCACGCCUGCCCCCUUAAGUUCGGAAGCUAUGCCUACCCUGUCUCAGAAGUGAUCUACAAGUGGACUGAGGACGCAGCCAAGUCUGUGGUGGUGGCAGAGGAAGGCUCCAGGCUCAACCAGUAUCACCUGAUCGGCCAGACGGCGGGAACGGAGGAGAUCUACACCAGUCGGGGCGAGUACACGGUGAUGAUGGCUCACUUUUACCUGAAGAGGAAGAUAGGCUACUUCGUCAUCCAGACCUACAUGCCGUGCUUCAUGACUGUGAUUCUGUCCCAGGUUUCUUUCUGGCUCAACCGUGAGUCGGUGCCAGCAAGGACCGUCUUUGGUGUGACCACGGUCCUCACCAUGACCACUCUCAGCAUCAGCGCUCGAAACUCCCUUCCCAAAGUGGCCUAUGCCACCGCCAUGGACUGGUUCAUUGCAGUGUGCUAUGCCUUCGUCUUCUCAGCCCUCAUUGAAUUUGCCACAGUGAAUUAUUUUACCAAAAGGAGCUGGGCCUGGGACGGGAAAAAAGCGAUGGAGGCCCAACAGCCCAAGAAAAAAGACCCAUUGGCGUUGUCCAUGAAGCCCAACAACACUUGCUCCACCGGUGUGAACUACACAGCCAACCUAACCAAGGAUGCGUCCAUCUCCACCAUUUCAAACAGCACAACUAUUCAGCUCAAACCGUCUGAAAGCAAGGCCCCGGACCCCAAAAAGACUUACAACAGCGUGAGCAAGAUCGACAAGAUGUCCAGGAUUGUGUUCCCAGUGCUUUUUGGGACCUUCAACCUGGUGUACUGGGCCACGUACCUCAACAGGGAGCCGGUGAUUAAAGGAGCCGAGUGAGCUCUAGGCUGAGGGCCAGCGAUGAUGUGAACUUAAUCAACAAACGAUAAUGCCAAGCACUUUGUCCUUGUACCAUAAUUGUUGUUCUUUUAAGAUAUUUACAAGUUAUUGCAUGUGUGUUGCUUCGGGUAAGUGCUGCCAUGUUUGCCUUGAGUUAGUACAUGUAUGAUUACCGACCUAAAAGAUUAACUUAUGAUUGCUCACCCAGAACUUGGUUAUACUUUUUUAUUUUUAUUUUGAGCAUUUGGCAUUUGUAUUCUGUCGUUCAGUUUUGAGUUGGAAAUGGAACAGCAAGGCCAAAUGCUAUGCAAA